AGAAUAGAGAGGUUAUGUGAAAAAUCGUCUGCGUAAACAAAUAAAUUAUAGGAUAGGUGGAAAGAGAAUCUUUUUGGACAAAUUUAAAGCUUCAGAAAAUGGUAUUAAAGCGAACAAAAGGUUACCAAGAUAUAGAUGACAACAAUGGAUCUCUUCCAUCCAACGUUACCCCAGAUCUCAAUAGUAUCAAUAAUGUAAUGCCUCAAGAAAUUGAGAUGGCAUCCGUUUCUGUUGUACCUGAUGAUACCUUUACUGUGACACAAGCUGUGAAUGCUCUAGGAUUUGGAUGGUUUCAAGUCAAAUUAUCCUUAUGGACGGGCCUUUGCUGGAUGGCCGAUAGCAUGGAAAUGACGAUUUUAUCAAUUCUCUCACCUGCAUUGCAUUGUGAUUGGCAAAUAUCCAGAUAUCAACAGGCCCUAACUACUACAGUUGUAUUCUUAGGAAUGAUGUUAUCUUCAACAUUUUGGGGCAACUUGAGUGAUAGAUAUGGAAGAAAGCAUGCAUUGACACUGUGUGCUAUAUUACUAUUCUAUUAUGGGCUCCUAAGUUCUAUAGCUCCUAGUUUCAUGUGGAUAUUGCUCCUCAGAGGACUUGUAGGAUUUGCCAUAGGAUGUACACCUCAGUCUGUCACCUUGUAUGCGGAAUUUUUGCCCACAAAGCAAAGAGCUAAGUGUGUUGUUUUGCUUGAUUGUUUUUGGGCACUAGGUGCAUGUUUUGAGGUAACACUAGCACUAGUUGUUAUGCCUACUCUUGGUUGGCAUUGGCUACUAGCAUUGUCCACAGGUCCUCUACUAGCUUUUGCAGCAAUAUGCCCAUGGCUCCCUGAAUCUGCUCGAUAUCAUGUGGCCAGUGGACAGACAGAAAAAGCUCUAGAAACCUUGGAAAAAAUUGCCAAAGACAAUGGAAAACCCAUGCUUCUAGGUCGACUAGUUGUUGAUGAUUCAAUGAUGACUCCUCCUCAUAGGGGUAGAUUUCGAGAUCUUUUGGUACCUUCUUUGAGGACUACAUCACUUCUCCUAUGGUUUAUAUGGAUGGCUUGUGCAUUCUGCUACUAUGGUCUAGUGCUGAUGACCACAGAACUGUUUGAAACCUCUGCAAUUUUGUGUUCAGAUAAGCCUGUGCUAGUUCAGACUCUGGAUACAUGUGCUGCCGAUUGUAAGGUAUUGCAAACCACUGAUUACAUGGACUUGUUAUGGACAACCUUGGCAGAAUUUCCAGGAAUUUUCAUUACAAUUGCGACCAUUGAAAGGUUUGGUAGAAAAAAAACCAUGGCGGUGCAGUUCAUAGCUUAUGCAGUAUGCUGCUGUUUUUUGGUAGUUUGUUCACAAAAGCGAGUCUUUUUGACAGUCAUGCUAUUUUUCGCGCGUGGAAUUAUAGCAGGAGUAUUUCAAGCUGCCUAUGUGUACACCCCUGAAGUUUAUCCGACUUCUCUUAGGGCUGUAGGAGUAGGUGCUUGUAGCGCCAUGGCCAGGUUAGGGGCUAUGAUUACCCCCUAUGUAGCACAGGUUUUGUUGAAAUCCUCGAUAACAUUUUCGACGACGAUUUAUGCGGUAGCUGCCAUAUUGGCUGCCAUUGGCUGUCUGCUCUUACCAAUCGAAACGAAGGGUCAGGAGCUUCACGAUAGUGUGCAACAGCAAGCCAAUGCGAGGGCAGCGAAUAAAUGACAAAAACGAUGAUUUUAUAACAGAAGUGUCCAGAAGAGCCUGGGUGCAACAAAUAAUCCAUGGGGUAGGAUUUCCGUCUAGCCUGACUCUAUAUAGAUAGAGUGGCGACAAUGGUGAUAGUGAUGCAGUUUUUGAUUGGUAGACCUCAAAUAUGGAGAUGCUUCCCAUCCGCCUGUCUUGUUUUCUAUGUCACUUUGUCACUGUUACUCGCUCUUUUGACACAAAACAUUCAACAAUCAGAUAUAAAACCUUGGAUAAUAACUAUUAGAAUCCCUCUGUUGGGACUCAUAAGUCUCUUAUUAUUUGGAUGAUGAAAAUGACAAAUAUCUAACCUGAGGUAGGCACUUCGAAGGCGCAAAUUCAUAACUGGUAGUAACUAAUGCAGUAAGUAAUUUACUUCAUGAGAGAUGAACCUUCAGAUUUUUAGUUAUAUUUUUUGUUCAUUUCUUGAGGCGCACGGAAGGAAAUUUAUAUGAUGACUUGACCACAAAUGACAUUCCGGAAACUGCAGUCAUUUUUGAGGUCUAUUGUCGCCACUCUAUUUAAUCUACUCACUUUGAUGUCCACUAAAUUUUCGCUUCUUACCUAAUACAAUUUUCAAGUAAAUGUGGGCGCAGUGGACUGUAUGUCAGAAUGCCACGCCGGCGGCUCAGGUUCAAUUCAUGCGAUGGUAGGCCUAGUAAGGUUAGAUUGUUUAGAAAAAGUACUCAUUUCUUAUGCAGAAGGGCUGUUUUCCUCCCUUCCUGAAAAAAAUAACUGUGAAGGCAUUCACUGUUGGAGCCGAUAGUGGUUUGCUAUGUUGAUUUUUUGUUCAAUUUUUGUUGCGCCCAGUCUCUAGACGCUAGUUUUUGUUAACCGUUACCACGAUUUUUCAACAUUUCAUCGAACAAAGUAGACUGAGAUAUCCACUAACCUCAGUAUUAAACUCACUCCAGUUAUUAACGCUUUAAACCAAAGGUACUUAUUGGGAAUGUUGAAAGCGUAUUGAAGUAUGAGUAUGAAAGGGUAAAGAUGCCACUGUUGUGUAUUUUACUAUUAGUCAGAUUUUUCUUCAAAUUCAGACUUUAGUUUCUGAAUUAAUACAAAAAUGGUAGUAGGAACAUUAAUUUCUUUACCGUGAAUUUUUGGAACACCCUAUAAAAAUAUCAG